AAGUUACUUCAUUAGAUGACACACAAAAAUAAGGUCUACAACUGCCACUGGUUUGAAGGAAAAAUCGAAGACACCGCCCAGUCUUUCGGCUCGGUUGGUAGAGCAAAUCGAACGAACACCGCGCGGCGAGCCAAAGCUGUCAGCUGCAGCAGCGGCAGCACUCUCAGCAGUACCAACCAGCUCGACAGAGACACCCGGAAGGCACGAAAGUCAAUUUGGGAGAGCAAUAUGAAUCGUUUUAAGAUCUCCAAAUUCAAAAACACCACUCCUAAGGUUGCCAAGAAAGAGGGAUGGAUCAACAAUGUCCACGCUGGCUCCUUCUCCUGCCAGGGGAGCCACAUCACAGCAAGCUCCAAGCUGGUGGCUUUCAACACCGAUCAAGCUGGUGGUGGGAUGGUGGGCCUCACCUCAGUCAGCCCUUCAGAUGACCAAUGGACGGUCACCCACAUCUCCUGCCAUUCCGAUCUGGUGACUGAUAUGGACUUUUCUCCCUUUGAUGAGUGUCUCCUGGCAACCUGCUCUGGGGAUGAAACGGUGAAACUGUGGCGUUUGUGCGACCCAGAGCAGGAGCAGCCCAGCAGUCCUGAACUGACUCUACAGCCAGGUCAGGGCAGACUCGAGCUUGUGCGCUUCCAUCCCACCUCCUCGGGCCUGCUGGUUGUUGCAACCGCUAAGUCUCCUCUGAUUUGGGACACCAGCAGGCAAGAUGCGCCUCUUGCAGCCUUGGAGCAGCACAGCGAUCAGUUGCAGAGUCUCAGUUGGAAGCGGGACGGCUCCCUGCUUGCCUCCUCCAGUAAGGACAAGAUGUUGCGAGUGUUUGAUCCCAGAGCCCAGUUGACACCUGUUCAGAGUGCCAAGAGCCUUCAGAGCAACAAGGACUCCCGGAUCCUGUGGGCCAAAGAUGACUUUUUAUUGACCACCAGCUUUGAUAUGAUGCGGACUCGUGAAGUGAGACUUUGGGACAGCAGGAAGCUGAGCUCUUCAGUCAGCUCGCUGUCACUGGGGACCUCCAGUGGGAUCCUGGUCCCUCUGUUUGAUGAUGACACUGGUCUCCUCAUGCUCGCUGGCAUUGGAGACACUGCAGUUGAUUGUUUUGAAGUCUCCACUGCUGAGCCUUUCCUGACUCAAGUGAGUCACUGUCUGACUGACGCUUCAACUCGAGGCAUUGCCACGGUGCCAAAAUUGGCACUGGAUGUCAUUUCCUGUGAAGUGGUGCGUGUUCUUCAGCUGACAGACAGCUGCAUCGUUCCGAUCAGCUACCAAGUCCCUCGCAAGAGUUCAGGCCAGGAGUUUCAUGAUGACCUUUACCCAGAUACGGUGGGCACGACUCCAGCCAUGUCUGCUGAGGAGUGGUGGAAGGGAGGGAACAAACAGGUGGAUAAAGUUAGCCUUCACCCAGACAAGAGACCCAAACCAGCAGCAAAACAGGCACCUGUUAAGAAGGAGCUGCCCUGUGGAGGAAGCAAAGAGGAUCAGCCUCACGGCUGCUCCACCUCCAGUAGUCCUCUUAGCACGCCCAGCAGCACUGCUGCCCCGUCCCGCUCUCCCUCCUCCACCUCUGGUCUCUCCUCAGGCUUCCUCCCCAGUCCCAGCCAGAGCGUAAAGGCAAUCCAAAACAUGCUGGGACCAACAUCCAAAUUCCGACACAUCCAGGGUGUAGUGAUGCACCGGGACAAACACAUCACCAACAUCCGGAACCUCAACCUGACGACACCAGGCGAGUGUGACGGCUUCUGUGUAAACCGCCAACGUGUGGCCGUCCCGCUCGCCAUCGCAGGAGGCCAGAUUGCUGUGUUCGAGCGCUCUGGACCCGGGAGGCAGCCAGACACAGCUCUGCCCACCAUCCAAAACUCUGUAAACGUGGUUGACAUUUCCUGGGAUCCCUUUGACACACACAGACUGGCAGUGGCUGGAGAUGAUGCUAAAAUCAGGCUGUGGCAAGUACCAGAGGGCGGGCUGAAAGAGACGCUGACUGAGCCUAAGCUCAUCCUGCAAGGCCACACAGAGAAGAUCUACUCCAUCAAGUUUCACCCUCUGGCCAGUGGAGUCCUGGUGUCCUCAUCCUACGAUCUCACAGUCAGACUGUGGAACCUGGAGAGCGGAGAGCAGGUCAAGAUUCUCACCGGCCACCAGGACCAGGUGUUUGGAAUGGCUUGGAGUCCAGAUGGAAAACUGCUGGCCACAGUCUGCAAGGAUGGGAAAGUUCGCAUCUAUGACCCUCGCAAAUCUACAUCACCUGUGCAAGAGGGGCCGGGUCCAGAGGGCCACAGAGGAGCUCGUGUGGUCUGGGUGUGUGAUGGGAAGUACCUGUUAGUAUCAGGAUUUGACAGUCGUAGUGAAAGAGUUCUUUACCUGUUCUCCGCUGACUCCCUGUCAUCCGGGCCAAUAGCCAACGCUGGUUUAAAUGUAUCUCCCUCCACUCUUAUCCCAUUUUACGACCCUGACACCAGCGUUGUAAUUCUUACUGGGAAAGGUGACACCAGAGUCUACAUUUAUGAGUUGGUUCCAGAAGAUCCAUACUUUAUUGAAUGCAGCAGUUUUAACUCCCCUGAGCCUCAUAAGGGACUUGCCUUUUUGCCUAAAACGGAGUGCAACGUGCGAGAUGUGGAGAUAGCUGUGGGACUGAUGCUCACCAAGACCACCAUAGAGCCGGUGGCCUUCAGAGCCCCCCGGGUUAAAAAAGAGUUCUUCCAGGAUGACGUGUACCCAGACACAGCAGUGUGGUGGGAGCCUGCGCUCACCGCCUCCGCCUGGCUCUCUGGCUCCAAUGGCCAGCAUAAAAAGCUCAGCCUGAAGCCCAAAGACAUGACGCCAGUGAGUGAGGCCCCCAAAGAGGCUCCGGUGAGGAAAUACCUGCCCUCGUCUGUUUACUUGGAGGAAAAAACGGAUGAACAGAAAAAAGAGGAGCUCCUGAGUGCCAUGGUGGCUAAGCUGGGAAACAUGGAUGACCCCCUGCCACAGGAGUCCUUUGAGGGUGUGGAUGACGAGGAGUGGGCUAAAUACCUCGCUCAGAUCGUGGUGAUGGGUGUUCAGGUGGUGGGACGAGCUUUUGCCCGGGCUUUACAACAAGAGUAUGCAGCGAGUCAGGCAGCGGCCCGGGCCAGGGGCCGAUCCGGGCAGCAGUCUGCCGCAGUGUCCAGCAUCACUGGGAUGAGUCUACAGGAGGCUCAACAAAUCCUCAACAUCUCCACGCUCAGUCCUGAAGAGAUUCAGAAGAACUAUGAGCACCUUUUUAAAGCCAAUGAAAAGUCAGUGGGAGGUUCAUUUUACCUGCAAUCAAAAGUGGUGCGAGCUAAAGAGCGUCUGGAUGAGGAGCUAAAUAUUCAGAAACAAGAACAAAACCAGCAGUCGCAGCAAAAUCCAGAAACAUAAAGGAUAAAAUUGGACCGCUAGUUUCUUCCCCCAUCUCCCAUGUAAAUUAUAACCCAAUAAAGUCUUUUCUUUA